UUUAAACAAAAUAAAAUACAUCUGCGGAUUGAUGCGUCCACAAGAAUUACCGUACCAAAACCAGCUCUUCUUCAAGGUGUACAAGGUUUGGGGAUUUUUCUUUGCUUUUGCGUACCUCGGUAAUUUCUCCUUGUUGCUCAUACGGUUGUACAAGGAGAUGCACAACCCCGUGGUUGUGGGGCAGUCGUUGAGUUUUUCCUGUUUGUAUGUCGUGACGAUAUUCAGUUUGAAAAAGAUUUUGUCCAAAGACGUCCAAGAUUUGUAUAGUUCGAUCGAGACCAAAGAGCAGGAACAUUUUAAACAUUCCAACGGUAGGAUAACUGAGGUUUUCGAGAAGUACAUCAAAAUAACCAACAGGACAUCGGCGGAGAUCUUUUAUUUCACGUACGUGUUUUGUAUUUGCCUAAGUCUGGAACACUCCAAGUUGUUGGAGGGUAGAAGGGAGUACGUUUAUUUUCAGUGGUUUCCUUUCAAUCCGGACAACUAUUACUGGUUUGUUCUUUUCGAUCAAUGCUUCUAUUUGAUGACUUGCUUCUUGUACAUGAUGUAUACGAAGUUUUCGGUACUACACAUCUCUACAUACGUGUUAGCUAAUAUUAAGGUACUACAUACUAUUAUCCUUGAUUCUGAACAUUAUGCAAAUUACUUUCGAAAAAGAAACAACAUUACUUUAGAUCAGGCUAGAUACUUGGUGUUUUCGAAAUUCGUCGAGUAUCACACUGAUCUCAUUCAAUAUGUGGGCCUGGUUAGGGACCGCACUAGUACUUUUAUAUUAUUAGAUUUUAUGUUAACGUCCUUUCAACUGGGGACAAUAUUGAUCUCAGUUAUUGGUGGAAUUGAUGUUGGAGACGAGAAUGAUACGAUUUGGAAUAAAGGUGUUUUGUUUUACUUCUUUGCUAUCAACAUUCAUUGGAUGUGGGCUUCAUAUUUUUACGCAGAUGAAGUCAUGAAUGAGAGCAAAAAUAUAGCAAUUCUGUUGUACACAGAAAUAAACUGGUGGGAAUACGAUAUCAAAACUCAGCAAUGCCUGGUGAAUAUCAUUCAAAGAGCCCAAAGUCCAUUGUCUUUAAUGAUUGGACCAUUUGCUGAUCUUUGUUUGGCUUCGUUUCUUGCUGCUCUCAAAGCUACGUUUUCUUAUAUGACUUUCAUGAGCAGCAUUUAUAAGUAAACAUAAAUAUCUCACACUAUUGUUAAGUAGUUGUUCAGCAUCCAACAUUCUCAAUUAAUUUUUACACUAUAGUUAGUUAUUAAUAAAAAAUCACAGCAUUAUUACUUUAUCUCUUUUAAUUUUAACACUAUUGGGAUUAAGAUAAAUCAUACCUGGCUGGUACAUCUACCUACAAUUGCAAUAAAAGCAAAUGCAUUUUAGAAUGCAAUAAUCAGAAACUUCUGUUAUCUAUUUGCAUUACAUCGAGUUAAACUUAACCAUGGAAAUUGAUCAAGGAAUCUCCGCCUCCCGUUACAUCGAAGAAACCCAAGGCACCCCCAUCUUGGUAAAUACAACCCACUUGGAAAAUACCAGAUUAAAAAGAACCUCAUCCAUGGCCUCAAUUGGGGAAAUAUCAGUUUACACAGAUGACAUUGAGUACGAGGAUUGGCUAUCUUAUUUAAGACGUGGACAUAACAAGUUAAGAGUCUAUGGCACUGUAGAUCCACACCCGGAUAUUGUCUGUGGACACUUGAUUUCCUUCGAGGAAGACAGUUGGAACUACGAAGAUGCCAGCACUGUAAUUUUGGAGGAACCACUUAAGGUGGUACGAUGCGAGACUACGAUGAUUAGUGUCAAAGAGAAGUUCAAAAACUUCGUGAAGAAGUUCAAAAAGGCGUUUGAGAAAUGCUGGGUUACAAUUGAAGACUGUGAAGAGACGUGUUAUUGUCCAAAGAAGCAUGGGGAGAGGUUUGUCACGUUGUGGUCCAUUGAGGAACCGUUCAAAGUCAAGUACUGGAUGUUUAAGAAAUUAAUUAAACAAAAAUGAUGGGGAAGGAGAUUAAUUUAAUUAGUAUGUAAUAAUAUUGACUAUAAGAGAAAUAUAAUAAUAAAUGAAAAUAAAAUAAAUAUGAGUAUAUUAUUUUUAUAUACAGGUAACAUAUGUUACCUACACUAUGCAAUAUAAGGUGAGAACAAUCAUUGUUAAUUCACUCUAUGCUUACACAAGAAUAGAACAGCCAAAAUGGAAUCAGCAAAGAACUUACUCACCAAAAUGAAGGGAAGUUCGAAAAAGUACACAGUACCCAGCUCAACUGUUUCCAGAUCGUCCUCCCCUUUGUCAUUUAGAAACAUAGACCUGUGCAAACAGGACGACAAGUACGAAAGUUGGACGUCCUCUUACAAAAAGGACGAAGCUGUGGAUGCAAAUGACAGUAUUUUAUUGUCCGGUAAUUUGGAAGAAAUUUCUGGAGACGUGGUGGAACACCAAUUGCCUGAUGGAAGACUGGAGCAGACUAUCUUCAAGCAGAAGAAGGUCGCAAAAAUUAAGAAGGUUGUGAAGAAGCUUUCUAAGAAAUCACAAACUAAAUAUAAGGAUCUGGUGAACAAUGUGGAAGUAUAUUGUAUGAAGGUUAAAAAAUUUAUGACAAAUUCAUCUGUACAAGACGAUGAAGAUGUGGAAUCGAUAGCAGAUGAUGGCUUUAGUCAGUGUUACUUAGACGGUUUUGAUAAAGGACCAGUCUUGUGACUGGUUUAUGUUCAGAUAUGUUGUUGUGGAUUA